AUGGAUCCAAUAUCUCGCGCCCUAAGUACAGAAGUCCCGCUUCCUAUUUCACUUCUUUCGGAGCUAGGGAGAGGCUCUCUCAGAGAAUCCCUGGGCAAUAUUGGUCGCAGCCAAGAUGUCUCCCAAAUGCUGGCUCUAUGGCACAAGCUUGUUCUCACAGCAACCAGCCCUAAAGUGGCCGACAAAUACAUAACUGCGGCGUCCAAUACUCUGUGUGUCUAUCUACGUGGGGCUGCCGCAAGUUCUGCUGUCGAGCUUCAAGAAUUCGUCUUCUCCCGGGAUGUGUGGUUUACAACGUACCAAUGUGCCCACAAGGCCUUCAACGAUAGCAAAAUGAAACCAGCAAAUCAGAUAAUGGAGACUCUUUGUGAUCUGCUUGACCAGCAAAAUGAUCCAGAAGUUCUCGCUGACAUUCUGCGGCAGGCCUCAAUUCCCUUGGUGAGGACUGUCUUGCUAUCUUUGCCUCGCUCGGAGACCAAGAAGGCUUGCCUUAUGUUGGCAUGCUUCCACAGGAGAACGCCGCUCCUCGAGCAGCUUGAUCAAAUGGUCCAGGAUUGCGUGGAUGAAAACCGCCUUUCAUGGACACAGCGGCUGUCUCAGCAUAAUCUGAGAUUGAAUGAUGUCUCUACUGUCGGGGAAAGAAAUAUCCCACACUUUCUACUCGCAUUGAUCUUUACAAUGAUUGACCUAGACACAAGAAGCGCAGCUCUCAAGGUUUGCUACAUGCUCUGCAGCAAUACUUCCAAAACCACAGCAUCAUCAAAUUUGCAAGCUCUGGUUGAGCGUGCCAUAAAGCUAUAUCUGGAGAGGAAUCACGGAGCCUUGGGUGAAUUUGCAGAGUACAUCUUACCGGUCAUUCUGGACAGGAAAGAGAAGUUCAUGGCUUUCGUGCAACCCUAUUCCAAAUCCUGUCAGGAGAGCGGGUCAAGGAUGGCUUUAUUCAUUGCUAUACUCAAAGCUGGUCGGGCCAAAUCGAUCUUGACGGAAUCUGAAACAUUGGACCUUGUUGCAUCAGCAUUUCCUCCACUCGAUCCUCCCCUCAGUGAUGAGACAAAAGGCCUCUACUGGUGUAAACAAAUGUUGAUGAGCGCCGAUUAUGAAGUGCGCACUCUUACAUACGGACUGCUGGUGUUGUCGCCUGCCACAAGCGCGAUUGUCAUGCCAGAAACACUAGAAUGUAUUGCUUCUAGCAUGAAAUACCUACAUGAUGAUGCAGACGCCCAUGAGCGAGGUGAGAUACUGAGCAUCACUAAGAGACUGCUACGAAGGCUCCAGAGCAGUGUUCUGACGAUCCAGAAGUCAGCACAACUCCUACACUCUGUGAAUGAUGUCGAAGCGCUGUUGGGUUUCUACAGUUCUUUUACGAAGUCUUUCUACGCAUUUUUGAAGGAAGAAUUGAAUACAGGAAUCUCCUACCCUCGUCACAUUCUUGCAUUACUUUCUCUGCAACAUCUGCUUGAUCUGGGUUUGGAUCAUGACAUAUUCACAAGGGACAAAAGUCUCGUGAAAGCUCUGAUAUGUCUGGUGCUUGAUCCUUUCGAAGAUGUCCGGAGCACCGCAGCAGCUAUUCUCCAAAAUCUCAUCGUUACAAAUGGAAGCUUGAUUGCUAGCACUAUGGAUCGCGGCCUCCUCAAAAGAGUAGAGGCCCUGAGUGUCAGGACGCUGCGCGCCGAUCACGCCGACGGUAUGGGUCGUCUUUGUGCUCUCAGGAGCUUCUGUUCGGCGCUGAAUAAGCCGCGGCGAGACGUGCACCAGACAGAAAUGGUGGAGGAUAUAUGUUUCCUGGAAGGGUCAACAACUGGACAAGGAGCCGUCGAGCUGAGGCCUGGCUGUGCUAUUCCAAUCCAUGCACUUUUACUUGCCACGAGUUAUCGACUACGAAACCUAAGCCGCCGGGAUGAACAGAUCACAUACAUUGGGCCAGCGAUUAUCAGCGUCUGUAAGAACGUCUGGGAACAAGUGCGACACCAACUUUGCGUUGAUUCUCCGGAAACCGCCUCCGAAGCUGAAGACGAAAUCACCAACGAAGGGCCAAAGGAUCUUCUUGCUUAUUCGUGGAGGGCACUUCGAGAUUCAAGCCUUGCUCUUCAAGCAUUGGUUUUCGUUGCGGAGCACUCCUGGGAGCUUUGUUCUGCAGUCGGCGACCUUUGCGUGGAUCAACUAAUUUCACUACGACAUCGAGGAGCCUUCUCGACAGUUGCCCAGACCUUCAAUCAAUGUUGCGAUAAAGUCAGGCUAUCCCCCGAACUAGCAGUCCGUGGUCUCAUCCACAAGUGGUAUCAGGUUGCCUUGAGUCAAAUCACUGAGCAAGCAAGUCGGCUUACGCGGCGUUCUGCUGGUCUUCCAGCAAUGAUCGCAGCCCUCCUCAACCCUGCCGACUCAGACAGUUUUUCUUCCGCGAUCGACGACCUUAUGCUCAUCGCCGAGGGAGCAACAGAUCGAGCUCAUGUCCUCCAGACCGAAGAUGUGAAACUGCCCCAAGUCCACGCGCUGAACUGUUUGAAAGAGAUCAUGACGAACUCCAAGUUCGCAGUUGUUGUGGUACAACAUCAUGAGAGAAUCAUGGAACUUGCUGCGACUUGCCUGUCGUCCAAGGUCUGGGCAAUUCGUAACUGCGGGCUCAUGCUUCUGCGUGCCUGUAUCAACCGGCUUGAUUCUUCGAGUACAGGCGAGGCGGUUAGGUCAAUGGAUCGGUCCAACGACAAGGACAAAGAUUAUGCUCCUUCGACAAUUGCAUUCCGUCUCUUGGAUGCGCCGGCAUUCCAAACCAAUAAAACUGCCAACGGUAAGGGCAGUGACACAGAGCUCGUUUUCGCUGGCCUCGACCUUCUUGGGCAUGCAAUUUUCAAGGGGUUCGAGGCAGAUGAGGCCGCGAAGCGUGUCAUGGAACACUUGUCGCACUCGACGUGGGCUGUUAGAGACCAUGCGGCUCUGCUGCUGGGGACCCGCCUGCUCUGCGGAAAUCCGGUGGAGGCGAUCAUGAAGCUCUUGCAAGAGAUUGGUUUGUCAGGCCCCGAGAAUCAAGUCCACGGCAUUCUUGUUUGCUGCCGCUACCUGAUGGGCCGAGCCACAGUCAUCGUUACAUCUACGGAGCUGGAGUCCAUCAUAGAGUGUCUCAUCGACCAGAUGGAGCACUCCGAUGGGAACUUGUCGCCACACUCGCCAUACAUUUACGCUGCUUGGUUGGAUUUAUUAAAUGAUGCCUCUUCCUGCGUUCUUGAAAGUAGGUGGGCAUGUGGGAUGUCCGGGAUGGAACGCUUGCGAAGCCUCCUUCCCUCCGCUGAGCGGGUUGACUCCGCGCAUUCUUCAUACUUAUCUCAAAGAAUGCUGCUCUGCAAGACAUACCACGUUUUGAUUAGGGACCAGCAUGUCGUCGAGGCAAGCAAAGAAUUGCGGGAAUUGGCCGGUCGACUCGUCGAGAAUGCCGAUGGUCUGGACUUCGUCUUGGACGUCUUGAGUCAGAAGCAUUGUCAAAACCCACCACGGACUCUAUUCAACUUUCUUAUCUGUCUCAUCGAUGGCGAAAGCAAGCACUCAUUUCUCCCGCCAGCCACCCUUGAGCAGAUAUUUACAUGUCUGGCGCAAUGCCUCGAUCAUAUUACAGAUGUUUCCACUGAUGUUCUACGGACACUUCUCUGCCGCCUGGACCUAUCCCAACUGCACACAACGCGGGAUUCAAGGAAUGCAGCCCUGAAACUACAAGCGACACUGUUAGGAAGGAUUCAAACUGCACAUGAUAAUUUCUUUCCAUUGGCACAACAAACCGAAGGGUGGCUCCAUGCAAUCCAGGAUAUUUCGGCCGACUAUUUGGAUUUUCCUACCAGAUUGAGUGCUGCGACAGCGGUUUCCACCUAUGUUGAGCAUCUACAGUCUCCUGGUACCCUGGAGCUCCCCCAUAGUGUUAGGAUUCAGCUCCUCUUGGUCCUGUAUGAUCUGUUAAAUGACGACGAUGAAGAGAUCCGGCUCGAAGCAAUUCAUGCGGCUCGCAAGAUCCGGUUACAUCAGCUGAGUGCUAUGGACGAUUUGGGCAGCAGCGCCCUCGCCGCGAGGGAAGGCCUGUUGUCUGAGCUUUCGCGCCAGUCCGGUCGGACCUCGAACGUUGCUGAAGCCGCCAUUGUCAACAUAAUGCGCAUCGGGCAACUUGCGAGCGAUACUUUUCCUCGUACUAGACCCGUUUCUUUCUUUGAUAUCUCGCUGUGUUCCAGGAUGCAGAAUAUCAUGAAGUCGAAGAAUGAUUUGUUUGCGGAAGAAAGACAGAAUCUGUACAUCGACGACAUUCGUGCAAUAAAGGAAUGGACAGAGAUUCUGCAUAACGGAGAUUGUAUAUUCUCAACUCUGGAGCUCUCAAAGUCAGCGAUGAACUGGACGCUGGAAGGCUUGGACCAAGUCCUGAAACUUCUUGAAGCAGAAAGUGUCACAGACCUUGGAUAUCAAGCAAGGACUCACAACGGAGACAAGGUACAAUACCGGCAGAUCACGCCAGACGGUCCACUUGUCGAGUCGUUGUUCGUCCAUCCACUAGGCCUGACCUAUGACCAUGUAAUCUUGGUCUUGAUGGUUCAGGCGGUCAGCUUGGCGGGAGUAUUCGUUGAACACGGUACAGGCACAACAACCCAGCAGUUGCGGGCAAAUCUAGAAAGAAUGGAGGCAAUAUGCAGUGAUUCACAGGUCAAUCCGGUAAUGUUGGGUGCGGUCGAACGCGCUUUGCGAAGGCAGUGCAUGCCGUGA